AUGGACAGACUGGUCCUGCUCAACGCCCUGGCCACCCGGCUGCUGUUCGUGCUGCACUCGCUGGUCGGGGUCUGGCGAGUGACCGAGGUGAAGAAGGACCCGCGGUACUGGCUGCUCGCGCUGCUCAACCUCUUGCUCUUUCUGGAGACUGGGCUCACCCUCAAGUUCAAGCGCGGCAGAGGCUACAAAUGGUUUUCACCAGCCAUAUUUUUAUAUCUGGUUAGCAUCGUUCCAUCAUUAUGGCUUCUUGAAAUGCACCAUGAGACUCAGUAUUGCAGUAGCCACUCUGAAGGAAUGUCACAAAAUACCAGCAGCAAAGAAAACGUCAAUCAAACUCUAAUAUCAGGUGAACAAGCCGAGGGAACAGAGGAUCUCAUUAAGACGGCCAAAGUGUUUGUAAGUAACUUAUCUACAGUAUGUGAGAAGGUUUGGACUUUGGGACUCCAUCAGACGUUCUUGUUAAUGCUCAUAAUUGGAAGAUGGCUUCUACCCAUUGGAGGCGGGAUCACUCGAGACCAACUCUCUCAACUUCUCCUUAUGUUUGUGGGGACAGCUGCUGAUAUAUUGGAAUUCACAAGUGAGACCCUGGAAGAACAAAGUGUGAGGAAUAGUCCUGCCCUUGUCUAUGCCAUACUUGUUAUAUGGACCUGGAGCAUGCUGCAAUUUCCACUUGACCUAGCAGUGCAGCAUGUCGUCUGCCCCUUGUCCGUGGCAAUGAAGGGGUUCCUCAGCCUCUUCUUUUGCCAAUACAGCGCCGACCUGUGGAACAUUGGAAUCAGCAUCUUCAUACAAGACGGCCCUUUCCUUGUCGUGCGUCUCGUAUUGAUGACCUACUUCAGAGUGAUAAACCAGAUGCUGGUGUUCUUUGCGGCAAAGAACUUCCUGGUGGUGGUGUUACAACUCUACCGACUGGUGGUGCUGGGGAUGGAUGUCCGGGCUGCCUUGCGAAGCCCACCGGGAAGCCUGAAGGCAAAGCACCACUGCCCGUGUGAACCAGUCGUGAGGGGGCUCUCACCUGGAGACACGGAGAGUGACUCUAAGGGGAGCAUGGAUGUCCCUUUGCAGGCCUUGCCGGUCACCCGCGAGGACUCUCCCCUCACACCGUAGCUCCUCACUGACAGCAGCAGGGAGCUAGAACAUUUGACUCUUUGCUUCCUACAGACACAACCUCCUCUCCCCCCUCCUUUUUUUUUUUUUUUUUUUAUCUCUAGCAUAUCAUAGUUUUCAAAAGAACACAGCAUAAAAAGUGAUCUUAAACCAAAGCUGAGGAAUUUUCUUCCUUCAACUGAAUGGAAAAAACUUUGAUUAGUGGCCAUCGCCACAACUCCUGUGCGAUAGUAUCAGAUGUUACAGUUGUUCAACGACUAAGUGAUUUGUUUGUCUUGAACCGUUUGAAAAGCUAUGGACAGGGUCACAGUGACAUGCCCUCAAAAGAUUUAGUGCAGACAAACUGUCACGGCUGUUACCUGAAAAUAGAGAAGCUUUGAACCUUGGCUCCAUUGUCAGACUAUCUCAUCUGAUCUUUUCUGCAAUGUCCCUGACAUCAAAAAAAUGUACAUUCAGUGAAUGCAGAACAAAUGAAGGGAAAAGUGCUUUUAAAAUUACCUCACUGUGAGCUGGAAGCAGUGAAAAUCUCUGCCCGGCGUCCAUAGCACUGCGAGGCCUCCACAUGGCUGCACAGGCCUUCCCGGGAAAAUCAUUUUUCCGGGCUCAUGCGGUCGUCCGUCCUGGCGCAUAUGCUCCUACAGAAAUGUUAUUGCUCUUGGCCCCGGCGCUGCAAACUUCACAGCAAGCCAUUUGUGAGGUUGUGAGGCAGGAAAUACUGGUAAUGCUAGCAAAGUCACAGUUUCCACUCUGAAACACGAUUUGCGGCGUUCGUCAGUAUUUCUCUUAACUCUACCAUCGUCUGUAUCGCCAAGUCGGAUGGUGUGACUCGAUGCCCCGAAGCAGGAGGUAAAGGUGUUUCAGGCCCUUUCGGGGUUACCGUAGUUUCUGGAGUCCGCCCCCACUUGGUGGGACUCCUCUGAACUGCCACUACCCGAGCCGGCCUGGCCUUCCGUGUCCAGGAAGGUGUCAGGGUCGGAGGCUGGCAUCUGCCCGACAGCCCUUGAGCGGUGACAGGGCACAGAGUCCACCACGGUGGGGUGGAAAGCAGGCCAUUGGCUUUCCUUCCCUGCACUGACUUCACUUCCCCGGUGUGGAAAUAGCCAUACUUUCCCCUCCCACACCUCUGUACUUUCCAGAUGGAGGUCAUUCGGACCAUUUUAAAAUGAUUUUUGCUUUUAAAGAUACAAUGUGAAAAUCUCCCUGACUCUAUAGUAGUGAUUACAUUUGAGGCAAGCAGUUCCAGAACUGUUCUUUUAGGAUUCAAAGCCUAAUUCCAGCUUGUUCUUAUGCUGACGGAUCCAAAGGGGCAUGAAAGAUUAAGACUGAGGAUGCCCUGGAAUUGAGCGUGACCCUUCGACAUGCAAUCGGACAAUUUUAUCUAUUAAAUCUGUGUGACAUGAUAUCUGUUCAAACUAUCUGAUAAAAAGUUUUUUAGGCAAGUUCUAUUUUCAUACAGAGAAAUUAAUUUUUUCCACUCCAUGGCUUUUUCAGUGCCUGAUGGCAUGUUUCUAUUUCUUCCUUUUCUUCCUCGUGUUUCUAAUUUUAACCAUAUGAUGAUUGUAAAAUUGCACAUGAGACAAGUGGAAUACAUUUAUAAUUUUCAUAAUAAUUUUACGAACGCUAAGAUCAGGAAAUUAUAUUUAUAUAAAGUAAAGAACUUGACAACUUUUAAGGGCAUGUUAUUUAAGACGCUUAGCAAUUGGAAGCAAAAUAAUAAGUGCUACUAUUUAUAAAAACGCCUCAGCAGAAUCUGUUUUUCUGUUGACUAUUUUAUGUUGAAUGUUUUCCUCCACAACAUGUAUGUGCUGCUUAUUAUUGCAGAUUUGCUCAUGGCAUACUUUUCAUGUUUUAAUUUUUUUCUUCCAGCAAAACAAACACUGAGCAUCUAAAAAUAGAUAAACUAUAAAGUAGUACGGCUGUUGCAAGGAUAUUUUUAAAUGCUUUCAAAUCUGAGACUUGGCUUGGCUUCGUGAAUGAGUUCCUAGUGUUUAAGUAAAGUAUUUUGUAAUUAGCACUCCUCCAAAGGCCUGGGAAAUGGGAAGUCCAGAGUCUGGCUUUAUUUAGCAUGCCGGAAAGGCAAAGAGCACGGGGGACCAUCUCAGCCAAUGAAUAGUGGCAGAAAUAGACACACACACUACAACGUUUUCCAGGAAAAUCUGCACAGGGCAGCAUUUAUUAACUUACUGCCGGUAUCUCUACUCUCUCAAACUAUUUUUAUAGCACACACGCAAAAAAAAAUCUAUAGUCAUUUAGCUUAUUUAAAAUCAAAACCUAAAUCCAGGUUAUAUUCCCUGGACCCCUGAUGAUGAAAAGUGUUAAAUUUGUGCUCAGUUAAUUGUCUGUUUUUAUUAUAGAUUGCUAAGCAUUGUAGUGUUUGAAAAAAGCCCAGCAUUUUCCAUAAAGUGGCGAGAGCAGAAGUUACAGGCACAUACUGACAUCCUGGGACUUGCUUCUGUGGUAUGUGUGAUCAGAUAACUGUUCAGAUCAUCUGUACCAUGUGCUGCCAGACAUACCUCCCUACCGUGCCUUACAGACACACAACAUGCCAAUCCCCAGCCACGAGAGACAGUGGCUCGUUGGCAGUGCUGUUGUUAUUGUUGGUAGUUGUUACCUAACUGCUUGAUGAAAGUUCCAUCAAAUGUCCUUCCUAAAAAUAUAUCCUUCUACUGGUGAGGAAACACAGUUGUACACGUUUUAAUGAUGCUGCAUGGAAACAUACAACAACCUCUUGGGUUUUCUUUUUACCCUUACUAGUGGAGUCCCAAAGGACAUGACUUCACGUUGCAAGAUACAUAAACUGUCUUUAUCUUUUAUUAUUCUGUGAACUUUUAUUUAAGACUGAACUGAUAACAUAAGAAAAUAAAAAUGUGUAUGGGCCACUAACAUUGUAUGUAAUCUUCCAAAAUGAAGACUCUUACACAAAGUUACCAGUUGGACUUGCAGUGCUUCCAUUAACAUGUGGCAGCACUUCAGGUCUUAUAAGAUCAGAAAGACACAGCCAAGAAGCAUUGGAAUUCACAAUUGAAAUAUUAGUUGUGAUUCUGUGAUUUAAUAGAAAGCCCUGGAAAGGCAUGCAUUGUAGGGGCACAUGGUUUAGGUUUCCUCCCAAGUUUCAGAGUCUAACACCUACUUCUAUUCCCUCUGACACUAAAUUUCAAUGAUUCUUAAUGCAUUCUCCUGUUAAAAGACGGAAUUGCAGAAGGCCCAGCGUCUAUCCAUCCAUCCAUCCAUCCAUCCAUCCAUCCACUUUUGCUCUACUUUGGCACUGGGCAAGUGAAAUGCUGAAACAUGUUACAGAGCCUUAAAGAUGUACAUUUUUUAAAAAAUCUUGAAUUAUAGGAAGAGACUAUUAUGUUUUUUGUUUUCAUUUUGUUUUUUACUAAUUUCUUUUUACUUAGUGACCAUUUUGAUCCACUCUCUCAAAUAUCUGAUUUGGGGGUAAGGCAAGGCAGCUGGAGGACAUUUAUGGCAUGAGCUUUAAAUAACAUUCCAUAUGAUGAGAGGAACUUUAAAUAAUGCUCGAAUAAUCAACUGCUGCAACCUUAUAUUUUAUGUGUGUCCAUCCUCCAAGUCAUUCUUUCUAGAAUAUUUUGUAAGAAUUUUUUUCUGAAUUAAUUAUAUUUAUACUAUUUGAUAUGAAUGGCCUUUGUAUUUUAUUAUAUACAUUAAAGAGUUUGUGUACAACGUUA